AACGCAUUCAGUGCGCGUCGAGUUUUGGCGCGCAUUACAUGUUUCGACUUAAUUUAAUAUUUUAUUUACGAUAACUUAUUCACUUUCAAUAAUAUAAGAAAUGUUAAGAACUAAAAACUAAAAUAUAUUUUUCUCGCAGUGUAAAUAAAGUGAUAUUUUUUUAAUUUAUUAAAUUUAAUUAGUGUAACUUACAAAAAUGGAGUACAAACUUUUGGUGUUAUUUGCUGUUGUGUGGAUUGGAAAUGCUGAAAUUUUGAACUUUUCCGGAGGAUCGAAAUCGAAUUACACAUUCGCGAGAGAUUUCGUAUUUGGAGUCUCUACAGCUGCUUAUCAAAUUGAAGGAGCAUGGGACGAAGAUGGAAAGUCCGAAAGUAUAUGGGAUCAUCUAGUACACAAUAAUAAAACAUUUGUCAAAGAUGGAUCGAAUGGUGAUGUGGCAGCUGAUUCAUAUCACCUUUAUAAGAGGGACGCCGAGAUGGUUCAUGAACUAGGUGUUGACGUCUAUAGAUUUUCUAUAGCAUGGUCAAGGAUCUUGCCAACUGGUCUCACAAACGAGAUUAACGCUUUAGGUCUCAAGUAUUAUAGUAAUCUUAUUGACGAACUUUUGAAGUACAAUAUUACUCCCAUGGUGACUAUUUAUCAUUGGGACUUGCCACAGAAGCUGCAGAAUAUAGGCGGAUGGACAAACGCACAUAUUGUUGACUACUACACAGAUUAUGCGAAGGUUUUGUUCGAUAACUUCGCUGGUAAGGUGAAGUAUUGGGUCACUUUCAAUGAGCCGAUGCAGACGUGUCUCGAAGGCUACGGCGGUACAUACAGAGCUCCCGCAUUGAACAGGCACGGUAUUGCUGAAUACCUCUGUGCUCACAACCUUUUGAAAGCACACGCGAGCGUAUACCAUCUCUUCAACGAGAACUACCGUCAUGUCAAUAAAGGUAAAAUUGGACUGUCGUUGGACUCCAACUGGGCUGAACCCAAAGACGACACGCCUCAAGACAGGGAAGCUGCAGAACUAUACUUAAAAACUCACUUGGGUUGGUACGCGCACCCAGUUUACUCGAAAGAGGGCAACUACCCUGCCGAACUCAUAAAGUUAGUCGACGAGAAGAGUCUGCAGCAAAACUACACUCGCUCCCGACUUCCAAAGUUUACUCCUGAGGAGGUUAACUACAUUAGGGGAACUGCUGACUUCUUUGGACUGAAUCAUUAUACCACGUACCUCCUGUCUAUGGCUGAUAAAGAAGUAGGUGCCAUACCCUCCCACGAAAAUGAUGUUGGCAUCGUAAGAGUCCAGGAUCCGAAAUGGCCUUCAGAUUCUUCUUCAUCGUGGCUUAAGGUGGUGCCUUUCGGCUUCAGGCGUCUUCUCAAAUGGAUCUCAAAGACCUACAACAAUGUUCCCAUCAUAGUUACGGAGAAUGGUUACGCAGAUUUCUCAGGACUGGAGGACAAAGCUCGCGUGGCUUACUACAGUCACUACUUGAAUGCUUUGCUUCACGCCGUACAUGAAGACAAGUGCAAUGUCCAAGGGUACUUCGCGUGGAGUCUCAUGGAUAACUUUGAAUGGGAUGACGGUUAUGUGUCCCGCUUCGGUCUGUACCUGGUUGAUUUCAAGAGUCCGAACAAGACGCGGACGGCGAAGGACUCAGCCAAGCUGUACGCGAGCGUGAUCAGGUCACGCUCGCUGCCUGCCGACUACGACCCUGAGGAUUUUACCGCCUUCUCGGGCGCAGCCCUUUUGGCCCCCUCCAUACUCCCUCUACUGUGCAUACACAGGCUACUUUUGUAAUAGUGUCUACAAUACUUUUUAGAAAACUGUACGUUGUUACACUAUUCUAUGCUAUAAGUAUAUUAAACAUUAAGUAUCAAUAUCCUUAACUGUCAUUCCAACUUGCUUGAUCCCUUAAAACACAUUAAAGUAAAGCUUAAGCUAAACUAGUGAGAAGUUAUCCGGACAACGAUGUCUCCGGCGUUCAGUAUUCGACGGUGGCCAGUUUCUUAGCGUUGUCGCGGGCCACCUCCCGCUUGAGCUGCGCCUGGAUGCUCGCGAACGACUUGCCCUUCGUCUCCGGCAACAUGAUCAGCAUGAACACCAGCCCCAGCAGCGAGAACGUGGCGAAUCCCCAGAAUACUGUGUAUAUUUGAUAUGCGUCUUUGACCACCUGGAAUGACAAAUUAUUUCAGAUUAGAGCAAUGUUCAAAUUAUGAAUUUAAUUAUUUUGUGUUUAUUACACGGCUGAAUUGUACAAAAAGUAUUUUACUAUUAAUAAAUGGGAAUUUUGUUACAAUAA